AUGCUGAUUGGCGUGUCGGGCAACAUCUCUUCCGGAAAGAAAACUGUAAGGAAAUACUUACAGUUAAUGGGAUUUGCUUAUUUGACCGUGUCUGAUAGCUAUUCUGAUCUUACUAAUGGCGUCGAUAAAUGGUCUCUAGAACGUCCUGCUCCAGUUAAAACUCUGUACAGCUCGGAUUUGCCAACUCCCCCUGAAUCUGAUACCCAACAAGAAACUCAAAAACGGGCUGAUGGUGCUCUUGAACAGUUUCAGUCGAUGGACCUUCUACUGGAAUUCGCUACUGUAAACUGGUCAAACAACUACGUAGUGGAGAUCUCUGAUCUGAAGUCAUUUAAUGAUCUGUGUAAAAGACCCUUCUUCCUCCAUGUAGCAGUCGAUGCUCCUGCUCUUCUGAGAUGGGAACGGUAUCAAGAAAAAACAAAACCUGGUUAUCAUCAUGUGUUGACUUUCCAGGAAUUUAUAGCUGCUGGAGACAAGUACCUGUAUGGCCCUGCUAGUGGAGCCCAACUACACAGUAAAGCUCAAGUCGUCAUUGUCAAUAAUACUGACAGCAUCACUGAGUUAUACGUUAAUAUUGGCAAAUUGAACCUGACUGAUCCAACGAGAUUACGGCCUUCUUGGGACGCUUACUUCAUGCAAUUGGCUGACUUGGCUGCUCUACGAAGUAAUUGUAUGAAACGAAGAGUCGGCUGUGUCAUUGUCAAAGAAAAGAGAAUAGUUGCUACUGGCUAUAAUGGAACUCCAAGAGGACUCGUCAAUUGUAACGAAGGCGGGUGCAAACGGUGUAACCAAGCUCUGGGGUCGGGUGCUGGUCUCUCGACUUGUCUAUGUUUGCAUGCGGAAGAAAACGCUAUCCUCGAAGCUGGCAGAGACCGUCUUGGUCUCGAGGCCAUUAUCUACUGUAACACAUGCCCCUGUCUCACUUGUAGCAUCAAAAUCGUCCAAAGUGGCAUCCGCGAAGUUGUCUAUUCCCAGUCAUACAGCAUGGACUCCGAGUCCGCCAAAGUCCUCGAGGCCGGUGGUAUCCUCCUCCGACAGUACACUCCUCCUAAACACGGCAUUGUCAUGAGCUAG